AUCACUGACCACAAUUCCCAUGUGCUCUUCUUCUUGAUCUUCGAGGGCAGUGCCUGGUCGUGCUAUCUGGCUAUCUGGCUAUCUGACAAGUGGCUAGAUCCGAGUAUCACCACCUCCUGUUCCUGUUCAACGACUCCCCGUCCGCCUUAGCCCCGUCAGCCGAGAGCGAAAAGAGGAGGGAAGAUACAGAGACAGGGUCAUGUUCCGGCAAGCCAGGCCGACAACAACUCACUCUGCCUCCCUACUACUCCCCCCGUCGCUUGUGCCGUCGACUGCUCCAUGCCAGGUGCUAAGAUAGGAGAGUCCAUUGAUCCACCAGAACAAGCAUGCAUCAGCCUGAUCGAGUCGUGGACGAUGUCCACUCCGCCCAUCAGACCGACCGGGCCCAACAACGUCGCCAAAAGGCUGUCGACCCCGACUGGACCAGUGCCAAAAACGGCAUCUCCCAAGCUGACCAGGCCUCCGAGGCCAACGAUCCUCCCAGCAAACGACGACGAGUCGCGCUGGCGUGCACCGUCUGCCGUGGGCGGAAAUCACGUUGCGAUGGCAUGCGCCCCAAGUGCUCGCUGUGUAUCGAGUUGGGGUUUGAAUGCGUCUAUCAACAGUCUGCGUCAUAUUCAAACAUCAUCAUCGGCAAGGAGUAUUUGUCGUCGAUCGAGGACAGAUUAAAGGAGGUAGAAGGCCGGCUCGCUUCUCUCGAGCACCGUGAGCGUACAGCUGUCUACCAACCGGCCCGUCCGAACGUCUCAAAUGGCGUCUCUCGCUCAGAUUUUGCACAGCCGGAGACCGCCUGCUUGCGGGAAGAGAGCCUCGAAGAUGCCGAAACCGUCGAAGAUCCCAUCGAUGCUAUGGGGGCGGUCACAUUUGCGCAGGAGGAGGACUGCGCAUUCUUUGGGCCUUCGUCCAAUAUUGCCUUCCUUCGACACGUCUCGAGGGCUGUGGCCCGGUUAACUCACGACCCUGAACCCUGGAAACCGUCUCCGGCAGAACAUCACUCGGUGGGAUUUACUGGUGGGUUCAUCAAUACUUCUGGCCCUGCGUCGCCCAUUCCGACGCCCCACGACCCCCCUCUUGAGCAGGUGAACAUCUACGCCCUUCCUCCCGACUCGGUGGCUCGUGAGCUCCUCAACUGGUAUUUCAGCAACACUGGCUUGCUAUUUCCUUAUAUCAACGAGCAAUCGUUCAUGGCAACAUUUGAACAGGCAAGCAAGGAUAAGUUCAAGGGCGUCAGGAGAGUUUGGCUUGCCUUGCUAAAUAUCGUCUUCGCUCACGCCAUGGUGCAUGCACGAGAAAACACCACCACUCCGGGGAGCGUCGAGUCGACCGCGGCAAAAGCCAGCGCAGAGUCAGAGAUAUACUUCCGGAGGGCUUCAGGCCUCUUCAACGAAAAGAACGCGAACGGGACCGGGACUAGUGUCGAAGUUGUGCAGUUCCUCCUCCUCAUGGGCCAGUAUCUGCAGGGAACGCAGAAAUCAGUGCAGACGUGGAAGACACAUGGUCUUGCAGUGCGAGCGGCAUUUCAGAUCGGUCUUCACUCCAGUGAUCUGGCCAGAGUUUUCCCUCCACUCGAGCAGGAGGUACGGAAAAGGACCUGGUUUGGUUGUAUCAUGCUCGACCGGACCUUGAGCAUGACCUUUGGACGGCCACCAGCAAUCCCUGACAGCUACGUGCAACUUGAGCUGCCGGUGGGAUUCUCCGCUGUGGACGGUGGAUCUGCAGCGACCGACAAGAAGGAGGCCUUGAGCAUUGCCUUCUUCAACGGUACCAUUACGCUCUAUAAAGUGCUGUGCACCAUCAUCGACUCGCUUUACGGCCAGAAUCUCGCUUGCUCAUUCAAGGCAAACGCCGUCGACACAGUCGCCCUGGUCUACAAGAUCGAAAACCAGCUUUCGGAGUGGCAACGCGGACUGCCGUCCCAUAUGAGGCUCAUCGCCACCCAAGACAUACUGCCGGAACGCCUGCCGCACGUCGAGAGCUCGGCCGAGGAAGCAUGGCGGCAACUGCGCCUCCGCUUCAUCCUCACCCUCCGCUACACCAACGUGCGCAUCCUGCUCCAUCGGCCUGUGCUGGUCAAGUUUCUCGACGGACUGAGCAACCCGGCCAACCACCAGGAUACCUCGUUGCUACAGCAGGUCGGCACCAUCCAUAUCCAGAUCGCCAUCAAGUCGGCCAAGGAGAUUAUCUGCCUGGUGCACAAUGCCCUGCAGUCUGCAACGGGACGGUCGAAAUGGGGAUUGUUGGGCGCCUGGUGGUUUUCGCUGUACUAUACAUUCAAUGCAGCUUUGGUGCUGGGGGCAUGCGUCCUGGUCCAGAUUGACCAGAAGGCCUCGGGCAACGAAUCCAACAUGUCGCUGACCGAAUCGACCGAGGACAUGAGCCUGCAUCUGGAGAUGGCAAUUGAAGCAAUCCGCCAUCUCGACAGCGACAACCGCAUGGUGGCGCGGUGCCGAGACUAUCUCGAACAGUUUGUCCAGGUCGUUCAGGCGUUAGCAAUCGGACAAGGACUCCUCCCGCAGCCCCACGACUGGCAACCCGUCACGUACCACCACCCGACCAAUCCGUCCGCAUACGGCCAGGUGCCUCAACCUCCACCACCACACCACGAAGGAGGCGACUACGGGGUCCUGCUCGGCGGGGGGGCCGCGGCCGUGGGCGCCAGCGUGGGCAUGGGCAUCUACAACCACUCCGGCGGCAUCGUGGCGAGCAGCAAGCAGUCGCCGCUGGGCAUGGAGCUGGGCGAGUUCAUGCUCGACGGCGAUCUCGAGUUCCUGAGCAGCCACUCGUUCGCGUAUAAUCGCGGAGUGGCACCGUGAGAACAGACACAAGAUAUAGAUGAAGAUGAAGAAUAUACAGACGGAGAGGGAUGGGACGAUGUAAUCUGGAACCCGAAUCCCGAGGAAUAUGCGAUGGCCUUUGAUACUUAUCGUUUGACAAUUGAUGCUUACAGCUCAGCUCCGCUCCUAAGUGAGGUCCUUUCAGAAACGGGGGAUCUAUUAUUCGACCUCGCUGGGUCUUCCUCCUCGGUUCUCUGCGUUACUCCGUCCUAUGUAUCCUGAUCUGCAGGAGGUCACGGUAUAUAUCUCAUAUCGCGAUGCUGGGCUCUACCCACCUCGCCACGCAAUGCAUAAACUUCCUUUCCA